AAUAUUUUUUCGCUAUUCAAAAUGGCACCGUCUCAAUCAGGAAGUGGAGAAAACAACUAGAAGAAGAAUAAGUUGGAUAAAAUUCCCCAUAUCUGUUACUUUGACGCGAGUGUUCGGUCAAAAGCAGCCUGUUCGCGCGUGGUUUGGAUUGAGAAUAAGAAACACGUUCACGGUCAUGGAGAGCGUUUGCCUUUGUUAGAAGUACUAUCUCGGACACAGCCAGCACACAGGUGGUGGUCGGGGGGUGCGUAGCCUAAGUCAGCUGGUGGUCAUGUGUGACGCUGUGGUCUGAUGCCCAUCCUCCCCUCAGCGCUGGCCAUGGACGGGGAGAACUACCUGCAUCCAGAAGGCCCUCAGCUGGACAGCAGCUUGUUCUCUGUGGCCUCCUCAAAUAUGGACAGUUCAAUAUACGCCUCCUCUGGUUCUUGGGGAUCCUUCCCACAGCAGCCUGGAUACAGCAUUCACUGCCCUAUGCAAUCUGGAAACCAGCAAUACCACUUGAACAGCAGCACUACCACCACCACUCCAGAUGUGCACAUGGACAUGUACUCUGGAUUCCCUGAUGUGGACUUUCCCCUCAACCUUCCUAGGAAUGGAGAUUUCCCCCAGGAUCUGUCCUGCAUUGAUGACCUCUCCACCAACUCUCUGUUCUCCUCUCCGGCUGACUCACUGUCGGAGUAUGCUGAUGCCCAGUCCUUCAUCAGCACAGACAACUUGGACACAGUGCCCACCCUCUGGGACGUCAACACUAGUACCACCACCACACCAGCACAGAGCCAGCUAGAGCUGAAUGGCACCGGCAGGUUUCAUGGCUUGGCCAGUUUGGAUGAUAUAACUGCUAUUAUCAGCACCCCACCUUUAGGAGGAUUCCAGGCUCCGAGAACCCAGCCGCCACAAGAAGAGGAAGAGGAUGCAGAGGAGGAGGAGACAGAGGAGCUGGGACAUGUAGACACAUACGCUGAGUAUAGACCAUCCAAAUCCACUAUAGGAAUUUCUCAUCCUGACAUAGUGGUUGAGACCAACACGCUGUCCAGUGUCCCUCCUCCUGACAUCACAUACACUCUGUCGAUCCCGGAGCAAACUAUUAACAGUGGCCUGCUGUCUGCUCUGCAGCUAGAGGCCAUCAUAUACGCCUGCCAGCAACACGAGGUUAUCCUUCAGAACAACCAGAGGGCAGGCUUCCUGAUCGGAGAUGGGGCAGGGGUCGGAAAGGGACGCACUGUGGCGGGAAUCAUCCUGGAGAACUACCUUAAAGGAAGGAAGAAAGCACUAUGGUUCAGCAUAUCCAAUGACCUGAAAUUUGAUGCAGAGAGAGAUCUCAAAGACAUAGAUGCACUGAAUAUUCCUGUGCAUGCCUUAAACAAGAUCAAGUAUGGAGACACAGCUACCUCAGAAGGAGUCCUCUUUGCAACUUACUCUGCGCUGAUUGGGGAGAGCCAGGCAGGAGGGCAGCACCGGACGAGAAUUAAACAGAUCCUGGACUGGUGCAAGCCAGACUUUGACGGAGUUAUUAUUUUCGAUGAAUGCCACAAAGCCAAGAAUGCUACAUCUACAAAGAUGGGCAAGGCAGUGCUUGACCUUCAAAACAAGCUGCCACGGGCCAGAGUGGUGUAUGCCAGUGCCACAGGUGCCUCUGAGCCAAAGAACAUGAUCUACAUGAGCCGCCUGGGAAUCUGGGGUGAAGGCACACCCUUCAGAACCUUUGAUGAUUUCCUGCACGCCAUCGAGAAGAGAGGUGUCGGGGCCAUGGAGAUUGUUGCUAUGGACAUGAAAGUGAGCGGCAUGUACAUUGCCAGGCAGCUGAGCUUCUCAGGGGUGUCUUUCCGCAUUGAAGAGAUCGGACUGGACAGUGACUUCAAACUGGUCUAUAACAAAGCUGCCAAACUGUGGGCGGAGGCACUGCAGGUUUUCAUGCGUGCAGCUGAUGAGCUUGGCCUGGUCAGCAGGAAGUCUCUGUGGGGGCAGUUCUGGUCAUCUCACCAGCGCUUCUUCAAAUACCUCUGUAUCGCUGCCAAGGUCCGCUGUCUGGUGGAGCUGGCGCAAAAAGAGCUGGAGGCUGGAAAGUGCAUCGUCAUCGGGCUGCAGUCUACCGGAGAAUCUCGCACCAGAGAAGUCCUGGAUGAGAAUGACGGGCAUCUCGACAGAUUUGUCUCAGCAGCAGAGGGAGUAUUCCAGUCUCUUGUAUCAAAACAUUUUCCGUCAGAGAAACAGAGGAGGGAGAAGGCACCGGGAAAUAAGAGAAAACGGAAGCCAAGAGGUCGCCAGCCCAAGGUACCUAAGCACACAGUGGACAGCGGUGGCGUGAUCAACAUCAGUGACGACAGCAGCAGUGACUCUGAUGGCAUAGACACAGACUCCAACUCCUCACCAGACUCCCUGCUAGACAAUGAUGAUGUCAUCUUUGUGAACCACACUAGCUGUCAGACAGCCAGGAUAGAGGAGAUGAAGCAGGGCCUCCUCAACAAAAUAUCCAUACUGGGAAAAGAACUACCUCUCAAUACCUUGGACGAGCUCAUCGAUAAGUUUGGAGGACCAGAUAAAGUCUCAGAGAUGACUGGUCGUAAGGGUCGUGUGGUGCGGCGUCCUGACGGUAGCGUCCGUUACGAGUCACGGGCCGAGCAGGGUCUCACCAUCGACCACAUUAAUAUCAAGGAGAAGGAUCGCUUCAUGAGCGGAGAGAAAUUGGUGGCCAUCAUCUCAGAGGCAGCAAGCUCUGGGAUUUCCCUGCAGGCAGACAAGCGAGUGAAGAACCAGAGGCGCAGGGUGCACAUGACCUUGGAGCUGCCUUGGAGUGCAGACAGGGCCAUUCAGCAAUUUGGUCGCACCCAUCGGUCCAAUCAGGUGACGGCCCCAGAGUACAUCUUCCUCAUUUCAGAGUUGGCUGGGGAGAGACGUUUUGCCUCCAUUGUGGCUAAGAGACUCGAGAGCUUGGGUGCAUUAACCCAUGGGGACAGAAGAGCAACAGAAUCCAGAGAUCUGAGCAAAUACAACUUCGAGAACAAGUAUGGUACCAAGGCUCUGGAUAAAAUCACCAAAGCAAUCCUCGGCCACAUAGAGAACAAGGUGCCCCCUCCCAAAGGUUACCCUGCAGGUGAAGCCCUGUUCUUCAGAGACAUGAAGAUUGGAAUGAUGGAUGUGGGCAUCUUCUGUAAGGAGCCUCGCUUUGGCAUCAGUACUGAGAAAGACUGUAGCAUCACCAAGUUCUUAAAUCGCAUCCUGGGUCUGGAGGUCCACAAGCAGAACUAUCUCUUUCAGUACUUCACUGACAACUUUGACUACCUGAUCGAGAAGGAUAAGAAGGAGGGCAAAUAUGACAUGGGAAUAUUAGACCUUGCCCCGGGUAACGAUGAGAUCUAUGAGGAGAAGCAGGAAACUUUCCUGACGGUCGGAAACCCUCAGGAUGGACAGGUUGUUCUCUACAAGAUCAGCGUGGACAGAGGUAUGCCAUGGGACGAGGCCUACAAAAGGUCACUGAAGCUCAGCGGCCCUGACGAAGGAUUCUACCUUUCCCUGAAGCUGCGAGGUAACCACCCAUGUGUGCUGCUAGCUGAGCAAGGAAGAGGCAAGAAUCUCAUUGUCUACAAGCCCAACAUUGGCAAGCAAGCCCACCCUGAGAGCCUGGACAACCUGCAGCAACGUUACCGGAAGGUGACUCCAGAGGAAGCCAGGGACAGCUGGGAGAACCAGUUCACCUUUUCCUUCAAGAAAUGUAGCCAUGCCAACUGGAACGGGAAGUGUAAGAAAAUCGAGGAAGGCCAGGAGUGUCUGCAGGGCAUGCGUCUCCGUCAGUACCACAUGUUGUGUGGCGCUCUGCUGCGUGUGUGGAAGCGUGUAUCCGAUGUGGUGUCUGACAUCACCAGCUCCAGCAUCCUCCAAAUCGUCCGCCUGAAAACCAAGCAGCAUAACAAGCAAGUCGGUAUCAAGAUCCCAGAGAACUGCGUGGCCCGUGUGCGUGACGAGCUGCUGCUAAUGGAUGAGGAGGUGAAGAGGAGACGAAAGGAGAGGGAGCAACAGGCUGUGGAGCAGCGACUGGCCGAGGAGCGCAUGCGUAAAAUGAAGGAGGAGAACAAACACCUGCUGGCUAAUCUGUUCAGCCAUCAGACCAUGCACAACCAGUCCCUGGCUCAGUCUCUGGCCCAGAAUCAGAUCCUCAAACAGAAACUGAACCAAAGGACUCAAAGUGGGACCAUGAGUCAGCUGCAGAGACUGCAGGCCCAAAGCCAGUCCACUUUACAGCAGAAGGCCUCCCAGAACAUAGCCAUGUUGUCCUUACAGAGAAAUCCCAGCCAAACCCAGCAAAGGACCCAUAACAGCUGGAACAACAACCCCUCCACCACCUCCACCACCUCCAGCACCAAUCAGGGCCCUCUACCUAACAUAGCUAGCCUCGCCUCCAAUUUACCCCAGUAUUACUCCCAUUCUAUUUACUCCCAGUUCCCCCAGCUGAAGAACCAGUCUCUGUCACACCAUCAGAACACACCGUCUCCAAGUUUGUCUUCCAAGAACCCCCUGGAUGAGAUCUUGGAUCUGACUGUGAGCUCGCCAUCGCCCUCCCCUGACACCACGGGGGGCGGGCUGAACCUGGACAGUCUCACGAGAACCUCUGCAGCAUUCGGCAAUGACUUUAACCUGGAGUCUCUGAUCUCUCAGAAUGCCCAGAUACAGCAGCCUCUUUUGCAACAGCAGCAGCAGCAGCAGCAGCAGCAGCAGCAGCAGCAGGAGAACCACAGUCUGCUGACCAAUAACCACCAAGACUUGUUAUUAGAGUUGUUUGACUUUCCUCCCUCUCCCCAGUUGCCCACACAGAAAGCCAGCCCUUCGUCCUCUACCUCCUCUUCUUCUUCCACCACGUCCUCCACCUCUUCUGUGUCAAACAGCCUCGUCUCUCACAUCCCCGCUGGCCUCGUCAUCCCGUCAUCGUCCUCCUCCUCUCUCUUCUCCAGCCAGUCCCCGUCCUCCUCCCUGUUUUCCAACUCCUCCUCUCACUUCUCUCCCCCCUAUCUCCUCCCACAGUCAGACUCCUUACCCAACGGCCACUGCAGCGCCACCGCCCUCGACAUUCGCGAGGCUCUGAACAGCAUGCUACAGGCCGGGCUGGACCGCAAGUCCGUCAUUCAGUACCGGCCGCAAGACUAGGAGCUCCAACAGCAAACUUUGUUAUUGUACGGUCUUUAUUUUGUGUCUUGUUCGCUGCUGUCUGCGAUCGCGUCCUCGGACCUGCUCCCCUCCCCCCUCAGGGCCUAUAGUCACGUCACUGCCUGUCCUGCGCUCGGCUCACUCUUUUCUCUGUCCACCUGUAGCGUUCACUUGCCUGAGGCCGUCGAGGUGACAGCAGGCUCGAUCAAUAUCAGAUUUCUGCACCAAAGUGUGUCCUCCACAGUGAAAGGCAGCUGUAAAACGACAAAAGUGAAAGAAUUAAAACAACAACAUGUGAUUAACUGUAUUUUAUUGAACAUACGAGCUGUCUAAACAAAAGCUCAUUCAUCGAGGGUGUGGAAAAUCUUUUAAUAAACCUCCCGCUGCUGAUUUUACGAGGUAUGAUCGGUGAAGUCGCUGGAAGCUCUAAAUGCCUUUCACCAGUUAAAACCGCAUCUUUAGGACUUUGCUUUACUGUUACUUCGCUUUGUGGCCAUCUGUCUGUACUAAAACAAAGGCUUGGUUUGAGUGAAUUCAGAAAAUAGUGUUGAACUGGAAGAUGAGAAAAAAAAAAGACAAAAAAAAACAAACAAAUGAAAUCUUUUAGCUGAUCUUUUAGCCAUGAAAUGCCUCAGUUUUCAUUUUUCUCUUCUACAUGCUCCCUCUUGUUACUCUCCCUGCUUGUAUGAACACUAGUGUGAGGAAAAAGGGAGAGGAAGAGCAGUCUGCUGUUGCAAACAGUGCCUUUGAGAAAUCUAUAAAUGCAGUCUUUAAAAAUCCAUGUAGCCUAAUGUAUAGAUUUGUACUCUUGAGCAUUGGUUUUGAUUUUAAUUUAAAUAUGGUAUAUUUGUAUUUAUCUGUUAGCCCCCUCCGUCAGCCAGUCAGUCAGUCGGUGUUUGUGUUACACUAGACUGGUGUUGGUUUCUGGAAGAAGCUUCUGUUCAGGCUGUUUGUGCCCGUAUGAUUGACGGACUUGUCCUUUCUCUCUGUGUGAUACGACAACGUGCUACGGAGGUCGGUGUGGCACGGAUUAUUGAGCAGCAUGGAUAAAAAAAUUGUUUCCAAAAAUGUUAUCACCCCCGUUUGUUUUGUUUUUUCUCUUCUCAAGCUGACAAUAACAUCUAGUGAUGUGACUCCUGGUUUGAUUUGAUUUUGAAUUUCUCAGGAAAGUCUCGAGUGCGUUGUUGUUGUUUUUUUGUGUCAUUCUGACCAACACAAAUUUGUUUCAAGUCUUCAAUUACAGUUGACAACAAAGGAUUUUGAAGUUUUUACUGUCUUGAGGUCUGAUGAGAAAGCCGCGCGCGUUUCCAUUUCAGGCGUGAAGGCUAUAAAAACAUUAGCAACAUGUUUAGACUUUGUGAUGUUCGCUGUGUAUGAUCGUACAUAUUUAAAAAAAGAAAAAAAAGAAAAAAAAACAACCUGUGAGAUCUGGCCAUCUUUGUGUGAAAAAGAUGCACUGUAGUUGGAUCAUGACAAAAAAGAAAAGAAGCCAGGAUAAGUUCAAGUGAUUAAAAAGCAAUAAAACCAUAUUCUACAUUUGUUAUGAGACAUAAAUGCCUAAGUACUGUUUACGCUCAACAGGCAAAGCUUUGUGGUUACUUUUGCAUGGUAUGAAUCCUCUUAUUUCUGUUGUGCUUCAUAGCCUUUUAGUUUAAACAGAUUCUGAAAUGCAUACAACCUUUGUAUAGUAAGUUUUCACGGGAUUGAGCGCAAUGCGUUCUUGACGUUUCAGUCAUUGUUAUGAUUAUAAAAGUUAUUGUUAUUUAUAUUUAAGGGAUAUUUAGAUUUUAGAUAUGUUAUCCUGCUUAUUAGCGUAGUUAUCGAAAUGUUUUGGUCAGGGAAGUUUCUAGUUUUCAAGAUUACUAUAAAACAAAUUCUAUUAUAACCUGCCACCAAAUAAGAUUGCACUGUUCUGUACUGCUGUACAGUGUCUGGAUUUAUUUCUGCUCAUUUCAGUUUUGCUUUUCCUCAAGUAGAAUUGUUUCUCCAACUCGUAGACCUUUCGUCAGGCCUUCAGUUCGCAGAGAGAUACCAAAGUGUUCCACAGACACCCCUAAAAGUUACUGGCUCUAAGAUAUCAGAACUUUUAAUAAAUCUCAGGAAGAAAACCUACAGGAGGUGCAACGGCGGGGCGUUAGCAGAAAUAUAUCAUUUCCCUUUCGGACAGUGGUGAAACUAACCAAUACAUGUGCUAUUUUUUUCUUAACUCUGUGCUGUGACUCUUGCUGUAUUUAUGUUUUAGACUUUAAUGUGAUGGGUUUUGUUGUCUGUCCUUGUGAACAUGUCAGUGAUUUUAAAUGUUUAUGCCUUCUUAGGGCAAAGAUCAAAGGCUGUUUCUUUUUUUAAGAAACCUCUUUUUUUCUGUGGAUAGUUUUGUUUUGUGUUGGACAUUUAAUUCAUGUUAAAGCUGACAGAUAUUUGACUCGAUUGACACCUGGGUUUUACUGAAACGUGCAAUUGAUGUGUCCAAGCCUUCACCCUCCCUCGGUGUAACAGAUGUUUAGGUUCAGACUGAUUCUCAGUUUCCCAGAUUCUUCUUGUUGAUGCUUCUUCUUCUUCUUUUUUUUUCAUUUGCAACUUUCUAUAGCAUGUUUUUUUCUCGUACCCAACAAUAAUUUCGCUUGUAAUAUUCCACAUCGGGCACAUUCCCAGACACCAGUCUGCAAAAGAUUUGCCUUCGAUCUUUGUGUUUUAUACUCACACAAACAAAGCUUUAUGCAUUCGAGGGAUAUGGAGCGCGUUUUUAAGGAAGAGAACGCUUUUUUUAAACGUAUUCUUCAUUAGAGUAGUUAGGCCUUUUAUCAUUUUAUUAUCAUUUUUGCACUAAGAAUGGCAUAAUCAAGUUACUGUUCUUGUUGGUUAUGAUUGAGUGUCGCAAGCUUGUCGUGUGUCUGAUCUUUGAUGGAUAGCUCUGUGUAUACUGUAACCAUCUUUUCUCGUUUUCUCCACCGUUUGCAUAUUCUAUGUUAUCAAUGUUAUCACUCUCAAAUAAUUUAUUGCUAACAAAAAAUGAAACAAAAAACAUGCUACUGAUUGUAUGUAUUUUUAAACAAAGCCUAUUUUUUCUGUAAAAAAAAACAAAAAAAAAGAAACUGUGUUCAGCACUUUUAUUCUGGGUUGUGCUUUUGUUUUCUAUAUAUUUAUAAUUUAGAUCCAAAUGUAUAUAUUGUAAAAUUUGUGCCUUUUGACUAAUUCUUUAAAAAGGUUUUCUACUCAUUUAAGGAAGGACUAUAUGAAAUUGCAAUCUUAACUUUGUAAACAAAUAAAAACUUGAAGAUUGCUGAAACCAA